AUGUUAAACAUUCUUCAUGUAUUAUCAAAAUCAAAGAUAAUAUCAACAACAACAUUAUCUCCAUUACAAUCUAUAAAUGAUAAACCUUUCAUAACACAAUUUCUUGUUUUUUCUUCAAAUUCAGAAACACUUUUUGGAUUUGAACCAAAACAUGGUUGGAUUCUUAAUGCAGACAAGAAAUUUCGUCUUUAUAUAAGUGGUUUUAAUCUUCAAAAUAAUUCAAUUGCAUUUUCAGCUUUACAAGAUGAAUGUACAUCAAAUGAUUUUAUAUCACCUAUUUAUAAUUUAUCAUCAGCAUCAAUUAUUGAACUUGAUGUUCAUCUUCAACGUGUAUCAAAAGUUCAUUCAUCUAUAUUUCUUUGUCUUAUACCAUCAAUAGAAAUAUCAUUAAAUAACAGUUUAUUACAAAAUGGUACACAAUUAAAAGGACCAUAUUUUACAUUCUUCCGAGAAAAAACUACAUUACCAUUGGCAGCAAAAAUAUGUUUAGUUUUGAUGUUAUUUGUUUUUUCAGGUUUUUUUAGUGGUUUAAACUUAGGUUUAAUGUCAUUGAGUGUUGAUGAUUUACGUUUACUUGCUGAAUCUGAUGAUUCUUCAAUGCGUUAUUAUGCUAAACGUGUUUUACCAUUAAGAAAACGUGGCAAUUUUUUAUUAUGUUCAAUUGUUUUAGCUAAUGUUUUAAGUAAUUCAUUAGGAACAGUUUUACUUGAUUCAAUUGUUCAUGGUUUAUUUGCUGUUAUUGGUUCAACAGUAAUGAUUGUACUUCUGGGUGAAAUUAUUCCACAAGCUAUAUGUUCUCGUUAUGGAUUAGUUAUUGGUGCACAUACACAUCUUUUAACAUGGGGUUCGAUGAUUGUAACAGGAAUUAUUUCAUAUCCGUUAGGUUUUAUUCUUAAUAAAAUUCUUGGUCAAGAAGUAACAGCUUCUUAUACACGUGAUCAAAUAACUCGAAUGUUAACAAAAAUUAAUGCUGAUAUUGAAAAACCUGAACUUGAUGUUAUUACAGGUAUACUUUCAUUACGUAAGAAUACUGUACGCGAAGCAAUGACUUUGUUACCUGAUGUUUAUAUGCUUGAUAAAGAUCGUAAAACAGAUGCUGAAUUAUUACUUGAUGUACAUAAACAUGGUUAUUCACGUAUUCCUGUUUAUUCAAACGAAAGAUCAAAUAUUAUUGGUAUUGUUAAAUUAAGAGAUUUUGCUUUAAUUACACCAGAACAAUAUCAUUUAACAGUAAAACAUGUUCUUGAAUUUCACAAUCAUCCAUAUGGUCAUGCCAAAGCAACCGAUUCAUUAUAUGAUUUAAUGCAAGAAUUUCUUAAAGCACAUUGGCAUAUUGCUUUGGUACAAGAUAUUCGUACUGAAGAAGAUCAAUUUGAUCCAGUCUCUACCACAGUUGGUAUCAUUACACUUGAAGACGUUUUUGAAGAAAUUUUACAAAGAGAAAUUAUAGAAGAAACAGAUCUUUUCACUGAUAAUCGUCGAAAAAUUCGACGUAAACGUGCUAAAACAUUGGAUUAUACAGCAUUAGCUAAACGAUCUGUUAAAGGUCCUUCAAUAUCUCCACAAUUAAAAAUAGCUGUAUUUCAAUUUUUAAGUACAAAUGUGCAACAAUUUACAUCAGGUUUUAUAUCUCAAGAGAUAUUAAAAAUUCUUCUUAAUUAUAAUAUUUAUGCAAUAAUUAAACAACAAACAAAUCAAACAAAUAAUUCUAUAUAUUUAUAUAAAAAAGGUUUUCGAUAUGAAUUAUUUACAUUAAUUAUUCAAGGAAAUGCAACAUUAGAAUCUGGUAUUGAACAUAUAAUGUCUACUGUUGGUCCAUUUAGUUUUUUUGCAACAUCAGCACUUCUUGCGGAAGAUAAAACUAUAAAAGAUGUUCAUAAAUUUCUUGAUCGUCUAUGUACAACAAAUAAAAACAUAACUAAUAUAACAAAUUUACUUGAUGAAAUAUCUUCGAUAUUUUUUCCGGAUUAUAAUUUAAUUGUUAAUAGUGAAUUACAUGUUUUACAAAUUCAUCGUCUUGUAUGGUUAGCAGCUGUUCGAGCAACACAACGACUACGUAGUAAUGAUCCACAUCAAAAACGUAUGCAACCAGAACAAUUAUUAUCAAAUGCACUUGCUGAAAUAUCAUCGGUAACAAAUGUUCGAAUUGAUAAAAAUAAUUUAACUAAUUUUCAACGUGUAUUUCUUAAUGAAAAAGAUCUUAUACAUCAUGUUACACAAACAAAAAAUACAAAUACAGAUACAGAUAUUAAUAAUCAAUCAUCAUCAUCAUUUGUUUUUGAAAAUAUUCAUUCCUCAGAUGUAGAUAAACAUGAUAAUUCAAAUGAACAACAACAAGAAAUAAAUAGUCCUAGAGAUGAUUCAAUAGAAAAACAUAUGCAAUCACCGACAGCUAUUGGUUGUAAUCCACUUCUUGUGAACGUAUGUGAUAGUGAAUCAAAUAAUAAAAGUCGUGCCAAUAAACAAAGUCAUAAUAAUUCAAAUAAUUCAUGUAGUUCAAAUGAAGUUUCUGAUUCAAUGAUGAAUAUUAAUCAAAUGUUUGGUGGUACAAAUGAAAAUACAAACGAUGAUAUUCAUGGUCAAGAAAGAGAACAUUUAAUUCAUCAAGGUGAUUAUAAAAAUGAUCAACGGCAACAACGAACAAGAUCUCCAACUAAUUUAUCUCAUUCUCAUUCGGAUACAAAUAUAAAUGAUGAAGACUUCAUCAUUUAA